CGCAAGGCAGCCCGAAGCGCCGCCGCUGCGGCCAAAAAGAGGCUGCCCCGCAGCGUGAACCGACGAUGGCAACGUAAACAAGCCGCAGCCAUGGCCGACGAGAUCAACUACGCCGUCGGCAACGCCGCCGUCCUGAAGAUCCAGAGCUUGUGGCGCCGCAGUCUAGUGAGGGAGCGCACCUACCUAGAACUCAAGGCGGUCUGGGAGAAGAUCUUCGACCCCGUCCAGCAGAUCUACUACUACUACAAUACGGUGACCGAUGAAGCCAGCUGGAAGCGGCCCGCGCCUUUGCUGUGGCGGGACCUCGGCGACGUGGCUCCGACGUUCACGGACGAGCAAGCGGCUAUUUACAUGCAGUGCGCCUGGCGACGACUCAAAUUCCUGAGGACCGUGCGAAGAUUGGUUGCAAGUGUCGUCUCCAAGGUCUACGAUGAACAUAGUCAAAAUUACUACUACUAUAAUGCCCAAACGGGCCAGACGUCCUGGACGAAGCCUCUACUACUGGGAUCGCAGGACAUCGAGCCGGGCACGCAACGGUUAGUGUCUAGCGACGGCCGGAUCUUGGCCGAGACGGCCGUCGUCGAGCUCGAGUCGGACGACGAUAGUGAACGGGAAUCGAUUGGUAGUGGUUCUACUAGAAGAAGAACAAGAUCGAUGUCAUCAGACGACCUGGGGUUGAUGCCCCGCGAGUACCCCCGGAGCGAGGCCCAGAAGAGAAUAGAUAAAGCUGAGGAUACGCCCGAGACCGAUACUCUGGACCUCUCUGGACUGAAAAUGGCUCGCAUCUCGUUUCGCGCUUUGGCUAUUGAGACCUUGACCCAUUUAGAUGUGUCGGACAACAGCAUCACGCGCCUCGUGCCGGACAUCGGCGGUCUAGCUUCCCUAGAAAAGCUUGAUGUGUCGGGCAACCAAUUGAGAUCAUUACCCAAAGAGCUGGAGGAACUGGAAGAACUCACGUGGUUCGCCUGUGCGCGCAAUAGAAUAGGCUGGUUCCCGGGCAAUGUCUACCGACUCGAACAACUCCAGUACUGGGACCUGUCACAAAAUCAGUUCAGGGAAUUACCGGUGCAGGUCGGCGACCUCGAACUCCUCCAGCAAACGCGGGUCUGGGCCGUGGGACCCGGCAUGCUUUCGGCACUGACCCAUUUAGAUGUGUCCAAAAAUCAACUGACCAAGUGGCCGAACCAAUUGGACCAACUACAACAAUUAGCUUCGUUGAAUGUCCGCGACGCGGCGUUUCGAAACAAAUUUGAACGUGACGCCGUCGACGCCGCCGCACGAGCGCCCACGCGUCCCGCGCAGGUCUCGCAUAACCAACUAAAAGUCAUGGCCCCCUGCAAGAUCGCGCAGAGCGCCGACCAGGACAAGCAAGAAGGCAUCGGCGAGCCCGACUUGAACGGAUGCGACUGGGGUAAGCUCGAGAGUCUGGCGUCGUUGGACGUUUCUCAUAACCAGCUCGAGAAGCUACCGGAUGAUCUGGCGAAGAUGACGGCGUUAGAAAGUGUGGAUUGUCGAAACAAUUUAUUGAUAGAAUUGCCACAGACACUUGAUCUAAUGAACUGCACGUCCUUUUUACUAGACGACAAUAAGCUCGAAGCAUUGAGCGAUGGCUUCGCCGUCGGUCUAGCGAAGAAGCUGGAAAGCAUCUCCGUAAGAAACAACGCCAUCACUUCGACCAGUAUGCGAAUAGGGGACAUGCGCCAAGUUAAGUCAGUGUACUUAGAAAACAACGCGUUAGAAACUCUAGACAAGGGCGUGACGCAGUGCCGCCUGCUAGAACUACUCUCGCUGAGACACAACAAACUCAUCUCCACGCCGAAAGGCUUCGCGACCAUGUUUAGAUUGAAAACGUUAGAUCUUAGUUACAAUCUGUUCGAGACCAUCGACGAGAAGGCCAUCGAGUCGCUCGUGUCGCUCACAUCCUUGGAUCUGUCGCACAAUCGUUUGGUGAACUUCCCGCAGCGGUUGGGCAGGCUGAACAAGCUGCAAUCUUUAAAUUAUUCGCACAAUCAACUCACGCUCCUACCGCAGAACUGUUUUAAGGGCUGUGGGGAAUUGUUCACGGUACGCAUAGACCACAACCUCCUCACGACCAAGGGCGUGGAAGCCGGCCGGUUAGACAGCGUCCAGUCGUUGGAGGUGCUUGCUUUGGACUUCAACGAGAUGGACCAGCUGCCGGAAGAGUUGGCUGACUUGCCGCAACUACGCUCCUUGACCUUCUCGCACAACCCGUGUUGUGCGAGGCCCGAAGAUGCCCUCGAGCCGUUCUAUCUGUUGAGGGAUAGAGCCCAGUCGAUACACGUCGGGGCCGCGGAGUUCGACGAGCCUAUUGAAUUAGAUGAAGAGGACCCUUCUAGGGACGCGAGAAAGGCGAGGAGGUUGAUGGUCUUGCAAGGCUCGUCGCGAGGGACGGAGCGGCUCGAGCGCGGCGAGCCCCUCGAUGCGGUGGAACCUCUCAGUAGAGCGGCGGAGAAGCAUGCUAGACUACUUGUAGAUGAACCAGAUACAGCGAACUUCUCGCACCAUUUCCAUCUGGGCGCAGCCUAUGUGGCGCGAGCCUUGAGCGAAAAAAAAAUUAGUGGCUGACGCGGAAAGGAAACGCAGACAGGACGAGGAGGACAAGAUCGAAGCAGCUCGUAAACUAGCUGAAAGGAAAGCGAUGCAGAUGGGGAUCUUUCCUGAGGAUUCCGUCGAUGCGACAUUGGCGCAAUCAUCCCUACAGGACCCGUCGCUCAUGGAUAGCACCGUGGCGACGGAUACGUCAGGCUUGAGGCUAUCGCGACGAGCCCUCAACUCCAGAUCUCCGGGUCGAUUGGCACCGUCCCUCGGAAGCAAUUUGUCGCACAAGUCGCCCGGCAAGCUCGACGCGGCGAUCGACGCCGACUUGA